AUGGCUUCAGUCGCAGAUCCUGCUCCGGCGAAGAAAUCGAGAAACAGCAGAAAAGCGUUGAAGGAGAAGAAUGAGAUCGUGGAAUCACCGUUGCUCUCUCCGGUCUCAGCCAAGGGGAAAGAAACAAAGUCCUUCGAGAAAGAGCUGAUGGAGAUGCAGGCGAUGAUGGAGAAGAUGAAGAUCGAGAAGGAGAAAACGGAGGAUCUGCUGAAGGAGAAGGACGAGAUCCUGAGGAAGAAGGAGGAGGAACUCGAGACGAGGGACGUGGAGCAGGAGAAGCUCAAGGCGGAGCUGAAAAAACUUCAGAAGAUGAAGGAAUUCAAGCCUAACAUGAGUUUUGCCUUCGGUCAAUCUUUGGCACAAACUGAGGAAGAAAAGAAGGGAAAGAAGAAGAAGAAGGAUUGCCCUGAGAUAAAGAGACCAUCGACACCAUACAUUUUGUGGUGCAAGGAGAACUGGAACGAAGUGAAGAAGCAGAACCCAGAUUCUGAUUUCAAGGAGACUUCGAACAUUCUUGGUGCUAAGUGGAAGACUCUUACUGCAGAAGAGAAGAAGCCUUACGAGGAGAAGUACCAGGCAGAUAAAGAAGCGUAUCUCCAGGUUAUCACAAAGGAGAAGCGCGAGAGAGAAGCCAUGAAGCUUCUCACAGAUGAGCAGAAGCAGAAAAACGCAAUGGAAUUGCUUGAUCAGUAUCUCCACUUUGUGCAGGAAUCUGAACAGGACAACAAGAAAAAGACCAAGAAAGUAAAGGAUCCCCUGAAGCCUAAGCAGCCCAUAUCUGCUUACUUUAUCUAUGCAAACGAGAGGAGAGCUGCUUUGCGAGAAGAGAACAAUAACAUCUUGGAGGUUGCUAAGAUGACCGGAGAAGAGUGGAAGAACUUGUCCGAGGAAGAAAAAGCUCCCUACACUGAGAUGGCAAAGAAGAACAAGGAGAUAUACCUGCAAGAGAUGGAAGGAUAUAAGAGGACGAAGGAAGAAGAAGAAAUGAGCCAGAAGAAAGAAGAAGAGGAGCUCAUGAAACUCCAUAAACAGGAAGCUCUUCAACUUCUCAAGAAGAAGGAGAAAACCGACAAUAUCAUUAAGAAGAAGAAAGAGACGACGAAGAACAAGAAGAAGACCGAGGCUGUUGACCCUAACAAGCCCAAGAAGCCUACUUCUUCCUUCUUUCUCUUCUGCAAAGAUGCCAGAAAGACUUUGUCAGAAGAGCAUCCUGGAAUCAACAACUCGACUCUUACCGCUCACAUGUCAUUGAAAUGGAAGGAACUUGGUGAAGAAGAGAAACAAGUUUAUAACAAAAAAGCUGCAGAGCUAAUGGAAGCUUACAAGAAUGAAGUGGAAGAGUACAAUAAGACCAAGACUGCGUAG